ACUUAUAUCUAUGAUAUACAUUAUACAAUUAUAAUUGUCAUUUGUUUUUUGUUCGUUCACAUUAUUUUUUUUAUCGAUAAAAACAUUUCUUAUGACUUGCAUUUUUUUCGAUUUCGUUACACUUUAUUACGGUUGUUCGUCGUCGUCGACAACGAAUUUAUAAAUAUUAAUUCAUUUGUAGCCACAAUCGUUGUAUACGUGUGUAGUGCACAAUGAGUGCAUUCAAACGUUUAUGUCUGCAGUUGCUGACUUUAUUUGCGAUUACAAUUACGUUAGUCCAAUGCGAUGGCGAUUUGCUCAGGGUAAAACUCUACAAAAUUGAUAGUGUACGUAAACAACUCAGAGGGAUUUCCAAUUCUUUUGAUCAGAUCCAAAGUCGCUAUAAUCCACUCAAUGCCGAGCCUUUGUCCAACUAUUUAGACGCUCAAUACUAUGGACCGAUUACUAUUGGAACUCCCCCUCAACCCUUCAAUGUGGUAUUUGACACAGGUUCAUCAAAUCUUUGGGUUCCAUCAAAACAAUGUAGUGUUUUGAACAUAGCAUGCAUGUUACAUAACAAAUAUAAUAUGGCCAAAUCAACUACAUAUCAAAAGAAUGGAACUACAUUUUCAAUUCAUUAUGGUUCAGGAAGUUUAUCGGGCUAUUUGUCUACUGAUGUCAUUUCUAUGGAUGGAACUUCAAUUGUUAAUCAAACUUUUGCUGAAGCAAUCCAAGAACCAGGAUUAGCUUUUGUUGCUGCUAAGUUUGAUGGAAUACUUGGUUUAGGAUACAACACAAUUUCUGUUGAUGGCGUUGUACCUCCGUUCUACAAUAUGGUUAAUCAGGGAAUUGUUAAAAAUGCCAUAUUUUCAUUCUAUUUGUCCAGAGAUCCAUCCAGCACUCCAGGUGGUGAAAUAAUAUUUGGUGGAUCCGACCCAGAAAAGUAUACCGGACCUUUUACUUAUGUUCCUGUUACUAGACAUGGUUAUUGGCAGUUUGGUCUAGAUGAAGUACUAGUUGGCAAUACAUCAAUUGUGAGUGGAUCCCUUCAAGCAAUUGCUGAUACUGGCACCAGCUUGAUCGCUGGACCUGUUGAUAAUAUCAAACAAAUCAAUGAGCUUCUUGGGGGUACUGCCAUACCAGGAGGAGAAUACAUUAUUGCAUGUGAUCAAAUUGAUAGUUUACCUGUGAUAUCAUUUGUAAUUGGUAGCACAACAUUUAAGCUUGAAGGAAAAGAUUACAUAUUGAAGGUGUCGCAAUUUGGAAAAACCCUUUGUAUAUCUGGUUUUAUGGGUAUCGACAUUCCUCCUCCAAAUGGUCCAUUGUGGAUAUUGGGAGAUGUCUUCAUUGGUCGCUAUUAUACCGAAUUUGAUCUAGAAAACAACAGAGUUGGUUUUGCCAAUUGUAAAUAAGAGAUGUGGGAUUAAUAUAUACUAUAACCAAAUUUGGUUUUGUAUUAUGCAGAAAUUAAUGAACUGAACGAGCAAAGUUUAAAUUAUAUUUUAUCAUUUUAAUAUUUGUUUUUUUAAUUAUCAAUAUAUUAGAACUUUCAUAUAAUAGUCAGAGACGAUUUAAAAAAUAAAUUAUGAUAUGAUUGGUAUUUACCAAGUGUUAACUUGACUGAUAACUGAAAGUCAUAUAUUGCUUUUAAUUAGAGGGUGUCACACUUGCUCAAUCCAUCUUUGGUUCGUCCCUGGUUUUAGUGACACUUUUUAUGUCAUAUUAAUAUUAUUUUUUGUGUUUAGAUAAUAUGUAAAAUAAAUGAUAUACCUAUUUGUAUUGA